AUGCCCAUCAAGCGUGUAGUGGCAAAAGCAGGUGUAGAGAAGCUUGUGAAGCGAAGAAGGUCUCUGAGAAUCAUAGCUAAGCUCGAGGUGACAAGAGUUGGAGAGGUGAAAAUUGAGAGCCACCCUUCAACAGUCAAGGAAGAGACACCAGACGAGGUCAUACAAGAGGUGGUGAAGGAAGAAGCUAAGAAAGAAUUUAAACAGGAAGUCAGAAACCAUGUUCAGGAGACCGUUGAAAUCGUUCUGGGAGACACAAUCUCGCCUAUUAACGGGACGUGUUUCUCCACAGUCACGGAUGAUGAUUUAGCUGAAGGACAGCCCAAAAACUGGCUGGCGAUAUAUAAUGAGGUUGUGAAGAUGCGAGGCAAAAUCCUCACACCUGUGGACUCGAUGGGAUGUGAGAAAAUGCCCGAUACACUUUCACCAAAGCUUCUGGAGAGACAGCCUCGCCUCUAUAGGUUUCAGCUUCUCAUCCUGCUCAUGCUUUCCUCACAAACCAAGGACGAAAUUAACUACGAGGCGACGCAAAGAAUGAAGGAGUACUUUAUUUCCAAAGGUUUCCCUGAUGGUGUGUGUAUCGAGGCCAUUCGAGCCUCUACAGAGACAGAAAUUGAUGGGCUCAUUCAGAGGGUCGGUUUCCACCGCCGUAAGGCAAUGUACAUUAAGAGAGCGUGUGAAAUUCUUGCUGAAAAACACAAUGGAGAUAUUCCGAAACUGAUAGAGGAAGUGGUGGAACUUCCUGGUGUGGGUCCGAAAAUGGGACAUCUUUUGCUUCAGUUUGGUUGGGGGGUUAACAGUGGUAUAGGCGUGGACGUACACAUUCACCGGCUCGCACAAAAAUGGGGUUGGGUCAAAAAGACUGAUAAGCCCGAAGUUACAAGGCUAGAGCUCGAACUGUGGUUGCCUCGCAGGCUUUGGGCACAGGUGAACCCUCUACUUGUUGGCUUUGGGCAGACGGUUUGCAACUCCCAGGGUUCCAACUGUGACGUGUGUAGCUUGGCCACCAAGGGUUUAUGUAAGGGUGUCGAUAGAAAGCUCCUCAAGGGUCCAAUAAGCGAGAAAAGGCUAGAGAAACUACGUCGUCAGCGUGCGGAUUUGCUGCCAUUAGUGAGUGUGAUGCUGGACUGCUGA